GUAGCCAGAGCCACCCAAGCAACCAACAUCCGACCACCUUUACCUCACGAAACUUGCCGGAACCAACAACGCAGCGGCUGAAUUGCCCUUCUCAUCCCCCGCAUCUACAAUAACGACACUCUCGAAAUACUGCCCGGGCUAUUGCUUAUUUAAAACGCCGUUCAACCCGACGAGUCACUCGCUUUCUUCGCUGCGCAUGCAGGCUUAAGCGCGCCGCAGCCUCGUCUGGUGCCCCCUCAACCUCCGAAAACCUUCGCCAGCCUAUUUAUCCUCACCACAUAACGAAACGCGCCGUGAUCGGGAACGUGUCAUUGAAGCGACAAUAUGUCAGUAGUGGGUGGCAUCAUCGGUGCCAUUGUGGUACUGCUUGUCGUAGCUCUUGCCGGAUGGGUCGGCUUCACUCAGAUUCGCGCACGCAGACUAGGUUUGCCUCCUCCAUCGUUCGCAUCAUAUUUGCCGUGGCAUAAAGAAUCGAAUCCGUUCGGCCCGCCGUCUGGCUCAGGCUCAGGGGGUGUCAUGGGCUGGUUCAACGACAAGGUUCGCAAGUUUAAGAACCGCAACAACCGAUCCGCCGCUGGUUCCUACGAGCCGUCAUAUGCCGGCGCAGGCGCAGGUCAGCAACGUAGUUUUGGUGGCCUGGACCCUGAUGAAGCCUGGGAUACACGCGUCGGCCACGAGGCAGAUGCAUAUGCUGAAUACGGCGAAGAGCUCCAUGAGGGCCCGGGCAGCAACACCCACUACGGUGGUGGCAGCUAUAGCAUGAACUUGGCUGCUACACCAGGCACGCAUGCACCCGAUUAUGACCACGAAGACGAACAUCGCGGCCGACCCCCCGUCAAGAAGAACCCGUUCGAUGACGACAAUGCAGCGGAGAGCUUGCGCGGUGUCAGCCCGAGGCCGCUGGAUAGCGGUGCUGGCGAAAGCAACAGAAAAUCGAUAUUCAAAGAAACUGUCUAGCCCGAAAAUUGAUGGUCGAAUUGUAUGAGAUGGAUUUGAUUUAAGCUUUACUGGCGUUGUUGCCUCGCGAUUCGCGAUAUAUGACAGCUUGAGCCGUCUGCUCCAAGUUAUCGUUUUGCUGGCUUUUGGGAAUUACAGAACGACUUCUAUGUUUGUUUUAAAGGGAAUUUUAGUGACAGCAUAGGAAUGAUUUUGAGACACGAGAAACCCUGGCUUAUUAUAUUUAAGAAACACCUGUUGCGCAAUGAAUUUAUGCAUGUUUAGAGCUAGAGUCUAGCGCCCGUACCCAGCCAUGGUCACAUAUCCUAUCCAGGAAACCCUUUCCAGAGCCAUAUUUGGCUCAAGGUCUAUAUAAUAGAGAAUCCUUAAUAUUCAGCCAGAAACCAACCAUUUUUAUUUAAACAUUGGUUCGGGCACCUGUCCAAGCGUUGCAUCCGCCCCACGUGCAGCGUCAUCGUCCCAACGGUUGAUACGCCUCUGCCCC